AUGCACUGUUGGAAAGUGAUGGCUCUCGCCUUGCUCUGCUCGCUGCUGCUCAGCCAGACGCACUGUGCUUCCCUGCACCACCACCAGCCCCGGCUCACCAGGCAGAGGCGGAUGACGCCUUUCUGGAGAGGAGUCUCGCUGCGACCCGUCGGAGCCUCAUGCAGGGACAACAGCGAAUGCAUCACAAUGCUCUGCAGGAAAAACCGCUGUUUCCUCAGAGCAGCCUCGGAGUGA